CUGUGUUCCAUAUGAAGCUACGUCCUAACCUACUUGUGAAUAUUCUAUAGAGGAUACUGGAAAACGUGCUGCAAAUUUACCCUCAUCAACAACACCAUCAUCUUCAACCGGUAGCAAAGAAAUCUCUGUACUUUCACACAGUCCUCCGACCAUACCCAAGUCCAUACCAAAUGAGACAGUUAUCAAUGCCGCUCCGAAAUCGCCUCCCCUGACAAAGGUAUCACCCAAACUAAACGAACAUGAGAAAAAGGCAUCCAAGGUUGAUAUGCCAAGCUCUGCAGCUAUGGUUGAAACCAUCAGUAAGGCUUCAGGCACUAGGCGACGGACAGCAAGGAAGCCAUCCAUGAAGGAUGAAGAGAUAUUGGCGAAACUGAGAGAGAUUUGUAGAGAGGAAGAUCCCACUGGCAUUUAUUCAAACAUGGUGAAAAUUGGGCAAGGUGCAUCCGGGGGGGUCUACACAGCAUAUCCUCUCAAUAGUACGACUCCAGUUGCUAUAAAGCAAAUGAACUUACAAAAGCAACCUAAAAAGGAACUGAUUAUCAACGAAAUCUUGAUCAUGAAGGACUCACAGCAUCCCAACAUUGUAAACUUCAUAGAUUCCUAUUUGUGGCACGGCGAUCUAUGGGUCAUCAUGGAGUAUAUGGAGGGUGGUAGUCUUACCGACGUAGUUACCUGCAAUAUGAUGAUGGAAGGUCAGAUUGCUGCUGUAUGCAAGGAGGUGCUUCAAGGUUUGAUUCAUUUGCACGACAAAGGUGUCAUCCAUCGAGACAUCAAAAGCGACAAUGUACUUCUUAGUUUACAAGGAAACAUCAAACUUACCGACUUUGGCUUUUGUGCCCAAUUAAAUGAAAAACGAUCAAAACGAACAACCAUGGUUGGAACGCCAUACUGGAUGGCGCCUGAAGUGGUAACGAGAAAGGAGUAUGGUCCAAAGGUUGAUAUUUGGUCACUCGGUAUCAUGGCCAUCGAAAUGGUAGAAGGAGAGCCUCCAUAUCUAAAUGAAAAUCCUUUGCGUGCCCUCUACUUAAUCGCUACUACGGGAACUCCACAAUUGCAACAUCCAGAAUCACUCAGUGACCACCUACAAGAUUUUUUGAAAAAGUGCCUGGAAUCAGAUGCUGAAGCAAGACCCUACGCAGAGGAAAUAUUAGAUCAUCCCUUCAUCAAGCGUGCUGAUCCUGUUCGUAACCUGGCUCCAUUGAUUAAUGCUGCUCGUCGCGCAAACCGCUCCAGUACCCGCGUAUAAGACAGUAUGAGUCCAUUUUUCCAUUAUGCCCAAAGCUUAGGGCGUAUACGCGUAUGUUUCCUCAUAUUUUUGCUUACGCAAACAUAUAUACUACAAGAAAUAAUCAACAGAAUUUUGCAUAUCACCACCAUUUGUAUCCAUACCGUAGUUCCUGU